AAAAGGCGCGAGGGGCGGGACCGGGGCGGGCCAGGGGCGGGGCGGAGGCUAUAAGGGGCGGUGGCCCGGCGCGGCCCAGCAGGCCCAGCAGUCCCGGGGCGGAUGGCUCGGGCCGCCCGGCUCCGCGGCGCGGCCCUGCGCGCCCUCCUGCUCCCACUGGCGCUGUUGCUGCUCCCGCCGCCGCCGCUGCUGGCCUGGGCCCCGCGGUCCCCGGAUGCAUACCGCCGCCACCCUGUGAGGAAGGGGCCACAGCCUUGGCAUGAAGCUGCUCCUGGCAGCCUGGCACCUGCCCCUACUGCCCAGGAGACUCCCCAGCCUGCCAGCACCCCCAGACCUCCCCGCUGCGGUGUGCCUGACCCGCCUGAAGGGCUGAGUGCCCGCAACCGACAAAAGCGGUUUGUGCUGUCAGGCGGGCGCUGGGAAAAAACGGACCUCACCUACAGGAUCCUUCGGUUCCCGUGGCAGCUGGUACGGGAGCAGGUACGGCAGACGGUGGCAGAUGCCCUACAGGUGUGGAGCGAGGUAACACCACUCACCUUCACCGAGGUGCAUGAGGGCCAUGCUGACAUCAUGAUCGACUUUACCAGGUACUGGCAUGGGGACAACCUGCCAUUUGAUGGGCCUGGGGGCAUCCUGGCUCACGCCUUUUUCCCCAAGACCCACCGAGAAGGAGAUGUCCACUUUGACUAUGACGAGACCUGGACUAUCGGGAACAACCAGGGCACAGACCUCCUGCAGGUGGCGGCCCAUGAAUUUGGCCACGUGCUGGGGCUGCAGCACACAACGGCUGCCAAGGCACUUAUGUCCCCUUUCUACACCUUCCGCUACCCACUGAGCCUCAGUCCAGAUGACCGCAGGGGCAUCCAGCACCUCUAUGGCCGACCCCGGCCAGCCCCCACCUCCAGUCCCCCGGCUGUGGGCCCGCAGGCUGGGGUGGACACUAACGAGAUUGCCCCCCUGGAGCCGGAAGCCCCACCAGAUGCCUGCGAGAUUACCUUUGAUGCAGUCUCUACCAUCCGUGGCGAGCUCUUCUUCUUCAAGGCGGGCUUCGUGUGGCGGCUACGUGGGGGCCGGCUGCAGCCUGGCUACCCUGCACUGGCUUCCCGUCACUGGCAGGGACUGCCCAGCCCCGUGGAUGCAGCCUUCGAAGAUGCCCAGGGCCACAUCUGGUUCUUCCAAGGUGCUCAGUACUGGGUGUACAACGGUGAGAAGCCAGUCCUGGGCCCUGCACCCCUCUCUGAGCUGGGCCUGCUGGGGUCCCCCAUCCAGGCCGCCUUGGCCUGGGGCCCCGAGAAGAACAAGAUCUACUUCUUUGGAGGCGGAGACUACUGGCGCUUCCACCUCAGCACCCGCCGAGUGGACAGCCCCGUGCCCCGCCGGGCCACUGACUGGCGAGGGGUGCCCUCUGAGAUCGACGCCGCCUUCCGGGAUGCUGACGGCUAUGCCUACUUUCUGCGCGGUCGCCUCUAUUGGAAGUUCGACCCUGUGAAGGUGAAAGCCUUGGAGGGCUUCCCCCGCCUCGUGGGCCCCGACUUCUUCGGCUGUACCGAGCCUGCCAACACUUUCCACUAACCACAACUUCUCUCAGGGCUCCUGACCCCUGCCAGGCCACUGAUAGCGGAUAGAGACCAGUGGCCAUCUUUGUGGCUGUGGGUUCAGGCACAGGAUAGAGCCUGUGUUUCCUCAGGGGGGUGGGGAGGGGGUGCUGUCAUCUUGACAACUGCAGGGAGAGCCACGCAGGUCGUGGUCACCUGCCAGCAACUGUCUCAGACUGGGCAAGGAGACUCUGGUGUUCCUUGAGGGUGAGGGUUUUCUCAGGCCAGCUCCACUCAAACUGUGCAGGUCACAGUCAAACCCUGCUGCCCUGUCUGCAUCCCUGUCCCUCAGGUUAGCACCUCAGCAGGGCUGGGGGAGCCGAAGCCCUCAUUCUGUUCCUGCUGUGAGGUCCCUGCAGGGUGCUGGCACAGGGGGGCCCUUCUGCCUUUUCCUGAGAGGUCAGCUCUGGGUAGGUGCUUGGAACUGGCUGCCUUCUAGUUGGUGAUCCUAGAGAUGUGUUCUCCAGGAUGCAGGCCAAAAGGUCCAGAGUCAGCUGGGGGAGGGGGGGUGUUUCCUGCUGGAGACCCCGGGCCCUGGAAGCCCCAACAUACCUCAAUCCUGUCUUGGGCUAGAUCCUUCCCAGCCCUCAUUGCAGCACUGGGACCCUCCAAAGUCAUGUAAAUGUGUGUACAGUGUAUACAAAGCCUUUUUUUUUUUUUUUCUACUGAGUACUGUCAUUAAAUAUGGUUAUUUUCUACUUGCCUGCCUGAGUUCUUUCUGUAAUUAUGAGGCCAGGAGGGGAAAAGAGCUGGGGAGGUGGGAGCAGGCUCAGGACCUACUCCACCCACCUAGUCAAGCUUUUGGUCCUUGGGGGCGGACUCUAUGCUGAUGGCUCCUCUUGCUCUAUUCCUCCAUCUUGUUUGGCUGGACACCUGGAGUGGCUGUGUAAUUGAUUCCAGGCUUCCCCUGCUGGCCCCUCAGGGCAUCCUCCACGAAGUGGUGGUCACUUUAUCUGAUCAUGUCCCACCCCAGCCCCGAUCCUGUAAUACUUUGUUUCUCACUGCUGUCAGGACACAGAACAAAACUCAAUGGUUACGACAGCCGACCCCACUUAACUCUGAAGGGUGGCCUUGCCCUGCCACCCAGCCUCACCUAUCACAGCUGCAAUUGUACUAGACUGAACUACGUGAAAUUGUCAGCAGUGGGCCGUUUUUGAUCUGCUGCCUUGUGCAGCCGGCCACACGGACACUUUGAUGCUUUCAUUAGUGUCAGCUCCACUCCCAGCUGUAAGCUCUGCAGGGCAAGGCUAUCUAGUUUCGCUCACCACCCCACAGCUGCGCCUGUUGUAGGCACAGAGUGCAGAGUUAAGGAAGGAAUGGAGAAGUUUGCCUCCCUUCCAGCUCACUGAUGCCCCAGCCAAACCAAACACCACCUGGGCCUUGGAAUGCUGCCAAGCCUGGGGAAACUUUGCCCAUGCCACUUCCCCACCCAGUGUUGUCAUUCUGCCCAUCUCCACAGCCGCAGGAAGAGCUGUGGACCCGGAAAUAGGGUAUUUGUUCCUAGGAUCCCUCUUAUCUACUCAACUACACUGCGUUUUCCGGAUGGGGAAACUGAGGCACGGAGAGCUCUGGCCUCCUACCGGCCUCAGACCUCAUUUCACUCCUCCUCCACUGGACUGAGUUCUACUCCCAGCUGCGAGGCUGGGAAAGCCACCGCUUGAGCCAGGGCCUCGGUUGCUAUUUCUGUCCGUGAGAAGUUCUACACGGUACCUCCACUUGGGAAGCAGCCUGGAGGACAAACGGGUCGUGGUUCCUU